CCUGUUAUCCCCUGUUUUUCUUUUUUUACUUUGAAACAAAGCAUGAUGGAUGAGUUAGAUGAGAUGGAGCAAAAUUGGCAUGAUGGGUUGGGAGAGGAACUCAUGAGAGAGCUCCUCGACAACACCACACCGCUCUUCUUCUCACCGCAGGUCGCGGAAGCAGAGGAGGAUUCGCAUCGCGAAUCAGUCGUGAACAAGCUAAUCUCGACGGUCUAUUCGGGCCCGACGAUCGGCGAUAUAGAGAGCGCGCUGUCUCUAACUAGCCAGAGCAGUGACACAGAGAAUCAAAACAAUUCUAGACCCAUAGUUUCUUUAACAGAGAAAGGGUUGAGUAAGAUGGAGAACAAGUACACACUGAGGAUAAAGACAUGUGGGAACGGGCUCAGUGAUGAUGGUUACAAGUGGAGAAAAUAUGGCCAAAAAGCAAUUAAAAACAGCCCCAAUCCAAGGAGUUACUACAGAUGCACCAACCCGCGGUGCAACGCAAAGAAACAAGUGGAAAGAUCGACGGAGGACCCGGAGACGCUCGUCGUGACGUACGAAGGUCUCCACCUUCACUACACCUACUCCCAUUUCCUUCUUUCCCGGUCCCCGGAGUUCAACUCCGCGGGCCUCAGCACGGCGAAGAAGCCCAAGAUCAACCCAAUGGGGCACAAGAACCAAAUUCCAGAUUACGCGCCGCAUGAACCCGCACCGCACAGCUCAGCAAUUGUAUCAUCAGAACAAUCACAAGGAGAAGAUCGUUUUGGUGAUCUACAAUAUGGACUCCUCGACGAGGACGAGAAGAGCGCGAGAGGUCUCGGGCUUUUGGAAGAUGUAGUUCCCCUGCUGGUGAGAAAGCCAUGCAACUCGACGACGACGUCCUCGUGCGAUCCAUACUCGCCUCAGGCGUCGUCGCCUUCGAUCUCCUCUCUUUCGUGGACUCCGAAUUCGCCUUGUAUUGAUAUGAGUAUUCUCUCCAACAUUAUGUGAAAGAAAAGGAAUUAAUUGCUGGGCAAAUGGACUAGCACUAGAAUUACGUACAUUGAGUUGCAAGCUUGUUAAUUAGCUUAAGAUGGUAGCUUUUAUAAACUAUAAAACUAUGAGAAAUCAGAGCUGCCAUGUAGAAUUAUAGGUUAGGGAGUGCUAAACCAUGCGGCGGCGACGUAAAUUAUAUGUUUUAUGAUAUGUUCAUCAGCAACUUCUGUACAUUUA